AUGAAUACAAAACAUCAAUUGAAUCUUCUUCUAUCAGAUAUACUUAAAAGUGAAUCUACAUCGACUAACGAAUUUCAUCAAGUGUCUUCAACUCAGGCAAUACCAUCAUUAACAUUUGCCGAGCAUGAUUAUCACCCUUCGACCAUAGUAACACAAUCACCCUCAUCAAUAGUACCACUACCACCGCGGCGCAAUUCUUCAUCACUAAAACAUCGCCGACAGCGUCAUUGUACUUAUGAAUCUGAUCUACAACAACAGCAACCUCUUCUGAAUUCUUCUACGUUAGAUGAUUUAUUUCGUGCAUUAACACUUGAAUGCGAGCAAUAUUUGGCUGCUUCAUCGACAUCUUCAUACCCAAAUAAAAUCUAUGACAAAUUAAUCGUUCAACCUUCAACAUCAAUACAAAAGAAUGUUGACUCUAAUGAUGAUGAUUAUGAAAACUUGCAUGCGUCAAAUUUUCCAUUAUCGAAUGGUAUUUCUUCUCUUAAAACAAGUAUUGAAGUAAUGAGUCCAGAAAAACGACAAGUCGUUUCAAUUAGUGUAUCUUCAAAAAUAUCUUCAUCACCAAUAGUAUCUUCUUCAAAAACUUAUCCGUCACUUUCAACGUCAUGCACAACAACAUCGAAUAUACCGCCGCCACCACCAGCAACGAAUUAUUAUUCAAGCGAAGAUGAUUCCGUGGACGUAUCAUCAUCAAGUACAACUCGUAAACGCCGUAGACGUAUUCGUAAACAUCAAAUAAUAUCGUCGACUACUCGAUCAAGUUCAUCAUCGGAUGAGCCAACAGAAAUAACGAAUGGAUUCGUUUAUGAAAAAAAAUUGAACGGUGCAAAGCGUUCAUACAGUACAGAUUAUCGUCAACAACGUAUUAAAAGUAUCUAUGAUAAUCAGCCAAUAACAUUAUCCGCACAGAAAUGUUCAACACGACGCGUACGCCGACGUGAUAUUUCAUUACAACAACAUCCUCCGUUUCCAACAAAAUAUGAAGAUAUUUCAACACAUUUUUCAGAAAAUAUUUGUUCACCACUUUCAGUUCUAUUAACAUCAACACGAACAACCAGUGAUUUUCUUGAUCGUUCACAGCAGCAAAGGCGAUCGCGCCUUGAAUUAGUUCGUCCUCAACCCUUAACACUACUUGAUCGUUUACAUAAUCAAUUCUAUCGAGCAUCACCAACUCAUAAUAACAAUAAUAAUAAUAAUAAUAAUAGCAUUCCUACACAUCGAAUACCGUCAUAUCCGGUUUAUUGA